AUGAGUUUUGCUAUCAAAUUUUUAGCGCUUCUUGUAGUUGCAGUGUUUAUUGCUGAGGCGUUAUCAAUGCCAGCGGAGUCAGAUCAAAAUAAAGCAGAUAAACCUGCUGAAAAGUCGACAGAUAAAACAGCAGCUGUUGCUGAUGAUAAACCAGAAAGUGCUAGCGAUGUCACAGAUGAAUCAGAUGGAAGAAGAUGUUUUCUUGCAAAUUGUAAUGGAUGUCCACCAGGACAUAAGAAAGACAAAAAUGGAAAAUGCAGAAAAGUUGCUGGUUAA